UUGAAACAGAGAAAAAGGUAAAAGAAACAAAGGAAAAGAGCGACCUUGCGAUGACGAUGGUGGCGGCGGUGAGGAAGAGGGGCCGGCCGAGGAAGAUGCAGGACGGCGGCCACCGGCAUCGCUCUCCAGCUUCCCCUUCACCUGCCACGGAGGCUCCGCGCCGUACGCUCCGCCAACGGCGCCGGCGCCCCCUAAGCGAUGGAUUCGCUGACUUCGAUGACUACUUGGAUGAGGAGGAGGAAGUGGAGGUCGAAGAGGAGGAGGAGGAGGAGGAUCUGGAGCGGAAAGGGAAGAGGCGGCAGCUGAAGCUCAUCCUCAAGUUGCCUCCUGCCCCAACCACCGCCAGAAGGAUGGAGGACGAGGAGGAGGAGAGAAAGCCUCGUAGGGUUUCUCAUCCGGCGCGUAAGUCGCCGUAUUCGUCCUCGGCUACGUCGUCUUCUCACGUGGAUGACGACGAUGAGGAGGAGGGCGAAGGGGAUGAGGAGCCAAUCAAGCCGCUGAAAAAGCGCCGCUAUGAGGGAAUUGAUGCUGGAGUUCGUUCCACUGGAUCUGCUCCUCGAGAGACGGGAGAGAAAAAUCUCCUUCGGAGAUCCAAAGGACCUGUUUCUGUAUAUGAUUCAGGGGUGUCGACUAGUUCACAGCCUGCAAGAACGCCGUUGCCAGAGAGGAAGAUACUGGAGGCCAUUCUCGAUAAGAUUCAGAAAAAGGAUACUUAUGGGGUGUUUGCAAACCCAGUGGAUAUCGAUGAGCUUCCUGAUUACCUUGAUGUGAUUGAGCACCCGAUGGACCUUGGGACUGUGCGGAAGAAACUAGCAAGGAAUGCAUAUCGAUCCUUUGAACAAUUUGAGGAUGAUGUCUUCUUAAUUUGCAGUAAUGCUAUGCAGUAUAAUGCACCAGACACAGUAUACUUCAGACAGGCACGUGCCAUGCAAGAUAUAGGGAGAAAAGAAUUUCAAAUGCUAAGAACUGAGGUCAAAUCCAUUGGCACUGAUUCAAAAUCCAAAGAGAAGAUUAGAGUAAAUCCUACUGAGAAAAAACCACUGCAAAAAUGCCUACCAAAAGUUGUGCAAGAAUCAUUUGUUUCUGAUAUUUCUUCUGCCACAACUCUUGUUUCUGGAGGGGAUAUCGGUACUGGUUUAAGCACAGUAGAAGCUAGUGGUGCAGAUCCUGCAAGCACUUCCAAUGGUCUUGCUGAUAACAGUUCAUCACUCGGUGACAGUAAAUCAGAAAAGGUGGAUGAUCCUAGAGUGAAAGGCUCUCCAUCUAAGCUGGGGAAGACAUCACUUGAUGUAGAUGAAAAUAGGCGUGCCACUUACAAUAUUAAUUAUGACCAAGAAUGUGAAGCAGACACAGUGUUUGAUGUGUUUGAGGGAGAGCAAAGGCAGCUGAUUGCUGUUGGAAUCGAUGCUGAAUACUCGUAUGCAAGGAGCCUGGCCCGUUUUGCAGGUAAUCUUGGUCCUGCUGCCUGGAAAAUUGCUUCAGACAGGAUCGCAAAUGCUUUGCCUUCUGGUGUAAAGUAUGGCUUUGGAUGGGUCGAUGAAUAUGAGCCACCUCUAAGUCCUAUUCUGUCUAUCUCAAACAGUUCCAAGUUGCAACAAAAGCAGACCAAUCUGAAUUCAACCGUUCAGUUCAAAAUGCCCCUGAAGAAGGAUAAAGUAACUGCAGUUGGGAAAAAAACCAGUGGAAAUGGGAAUCUAAAGGAAGUAGAUUAUGGCAUCCAGAAUCAGAUUCGAACUAGUUCUCAUAACGGAGACUAUGAUCUUGUCAAGGAGGGAAAUGAACUUCCUAGAAUUACUGGAACAAAGAAACAAUCACGUAAUGAUGUCUCUGUAACCCAGCAAAGGACAGAUGCUGCUGUAUCGCAGAAGAACAAACAAGUCGCAUUCAAUUUUGCUAACACUAGCGCUACUGCUUCAGAGCAGGCCGGAGAAUGUCAGCCAAGUUCCUCAAAUACUAGAUUUACAAAUCAAGCUUUACAGGGCUCUCACAUUUAUGAUAGUGUAGUCCCUUCUAGACCACCUGCCACAGGUCAAUUGGAUAGGAAAACUGGGCGGCUGGAAACUCUAAAACAAAUGGAAUCAUCAGUGGCACCAAGCAAUAAAACAAAUGGAAAAGUCACUGCACGUCAAUUCAGCAGUGGAAAAGUCUCAACAAGUUCUUGCAAUAGUCUUGAUAAUACCAUGAAAUUUCUCCCUGAAAAUCAAAAAGGAAUUAUAGUAAAUCACCCUCCGGCAUUGGGUGUUUAUGAUCAGGUCCACAGUGAUGCUUCAGGAGUGAUGGGUUUGCCAUUCAAGAUGUUUAGUCAGCCAAACCUUUCAAGCAGUUUUGAUUCUUCUAAAUCUUUUCCAUCGGUUGUUCCACCAAGUUGCAGAGAAAAAACAAUCGUUCCAGAUUAUGUUGCAGCACAAAUGUGGAUGCCUGCUGGAGCUUCCUUGCAGUCUAAACCACCGCAGCAUAUAGUAGAUGCUCGCAACUCUUCAAAUGGAUCUGUUUCUACAUUUUCCUAUGGCUCUUGGAGGACACCAAGUUCAUCCCCUAGGAUCUCCGAUAAUUCCAUGACGAUCUCCAUGUCUCAAGCUUUUAGGCAACCCAUACAGGUAGCUGGUUUGGAACCUCAGGUUCGUGACAAGGGAUUGGUCAUCUUCCCUCAACUAAUCACAAAUGAUAUGUCCAGAUUUCAAAACCAGAGUCCACGGCAAGUUCCAGUUCCGCGAAUGGAAAACAAGCAUAAUAAGGAUACAUUCCCUCCUGAUCUAAAUAUAAGUUUCCAGCCUCCUGGAUCUCCAGUUCUGCACUCUCCUCGUAUUCUCAAGGACUCUCAACAGCCAGACUUAGCUUUGCAGCUCUGAUAUUCCAUUUUGAAGUUUGUCCAUGUCAUGCUACAAGCCAUAUAAUAUCACAGAUGAGGAAUGAAUGUUAAUAUGCAGUUUCUUUUAAUCAGAUGAAGCUUGCUUGUGCUCGCAAAAUGGGUAGAUAUUGGAAGAAGGAACUCAUCUUCAUGGAAACUACUCAAUGGAACUGAUCUUUUACUUGAAUGAUGAAUCAAUCCUUUUGGGUGGAAAUCUACUCUUUGAGCUUAGUCAUGUCGAGAGGUGAAUCGGCUUUUGAGAUUUUGUAGAUGGACGUACGCUGAUGACUGCACAUAUCUGAUCAUAGAUUUAGGCACUCAUUGACCACCAUGACUGAUGGUUCUUGGUGGAAUCAUCAAAGGUAUCUUCUUGGAGUCUAUUCGUAUGUGAAUCAUGCAAAAGCUUUGUUUCUACUAUUUGCUUCAAUGUUAUAGUAGGUUUUGGCUGAAGCGAGAUCUGGUUUUUAAUGCAUUGCUCAAGUAGUUUCUCCAAAAGUGCAAUGGUUUGAUUUGAUCUCACCUUUUAAAUAGACAUUCCAUUGAGGUGAGCUGUUUUUUUUAUAUUAGUCUGAAUAAUAAUUGAAAAAAAAAAUCAUUAGAAA